ACGACGUUGAUGCUAAUGUAAAUGACAACAAUUUAAAUUUAGAAAUUAAUAUUAAACAAUCCACUUCAGUAAGUGAUACAAGUUUAAAUUUAAAAGUCAAACGUAAAUAUACUGAUAGUUAUUUAUGUUUUGGAUUUACGUGGAAUGGCAAUACUGACUGUCCUUUACCUGUUUGUAUCGUUUGUGGUGAAAAGUUAAGCAAUGAAGCAAUGGUACCCAGUAAAUUAAAAAGGCAUUUAACAACAAAACAUCCGGGUGAGUCAUUAAAAACACGACUAUAUUUUGAACGCCUCCUAAAUUCAAAUAAAAGAGCUGCAUCUAGUAUGAUAAAAAGAGUGACUAUAUCUGAUAAAGCUCUUGAAGCAUCAUUUAAAGUCGCAGAACUGAUUGCUAAAAAUAUGAACUCUCAUGUUAUUGGCGAAAAAUUAAUAGGACCUGCCUGUUUAGUUAUGGUUGAAACAAUGUUAGGUAAAGAAUCUAAAGAUGUUAUAUCCAAAGUGCCACUUUCCAACAAUACUAUUAGUCGCCGAAUAAAUGAAAUGGCUGAUGAUAUUAAUGACAUUGUUUUAGAAAAAAUUAAAAAUCAAAAAUUAUUUUCAUUACAAAUAGACGAGAGUACUGACAGAACUUCUAAAGCUCAAUUACUAGGUUUUGGCAGAUUUGUUGAUAAUUCUAAUAUUGUUGAGCAGUUUUUAUUUUGUAAAGAAUUAAAGUCAACAACAACAGGGAAGGACAUAUUUGACGUAGUAAAUAAUUUUUUUGAAAAAUCUGGAUUAUCAUGGAAUUAUUGUUGUGGUGUGUGCACUGAUGGAGCUCCGUCUAUGACCGGAAAAUAUAAAGGUUUUGUUACUCUCGCUAAAAUUAAAAAUCCAGCUAUGAUUAUAACACACUGUUUUAUUCAUCGAGAAGCUCUGGUUGCAAAAACAUUAGGAGAACAAAUGUUAAAAGUCUUAAAUGAUGUUAUUAAAAUUGUGAAUUACAUUAAAUCUCGGCCAUUGAAAACAAGGAUUUUUGAAACUAUUUGUAAGGAAAUGGGUUCGGAUCAUAUACAUUUAUUGCUACACACAGAAGUAAGGUGGCUAUCACGAGGUCAAGUGUUUAAUCGAGUUAUUGAAUUGAAAGAAGAAUUAGAAUUAUUUUUUGAAAAAGAAAAUCUCCCAGUAUACAAAAAUUUUUUUCGAAAUGAAAACUGGUGUUAUAUUUUGGCAUACUUGGCUGAUAUAUUUAAAAAACUAAAUGAUCUGAAUGCGUCAAUGCAAGGACAACUACAACAACUUAUAAUUGAACAUCUUAUAUUACUCGAAGAAAAAAUUGAACAUUAUUUUCCAUCGUUGACAACAUCUGCAGAUUGGGUGGUGUUGCCAUUUGAUUUUACAGACAAUAUGAAUGAACUUGAUCUUACUAAUGACGAAAAGAAUGAAUUCAUUGAUAUGUGUUCUAGUUCUACUAUCCGAAUAUUAUUUAAUAGUCAGAAAAGUAACAUAGAUUCCUUCUGGUUAAAUUUAGCUUCAGAAUAUCCAUCUAUUUCUCAGAAAGCGAUACUAUUGUUAUUACCAUUUUCUACAUCAUAUCUUUGUGAACAGGCAUUUUCUGCUCUGAACAAUAUAAAAACAAGUAGUAGAAAUCGUUUGAAAAAUGUUGAACCUGAUUUGUGUCUUGCUGUUUCAACUGUUUCACCCCGAAUAGAGGAAUUGUGUAAAAAAUAUCAGUCUCAAAUAUCACAUUAA